CAGACAAAAUGGCGAUAUGCUUGAUUUGCCAAACACGGAGAGAUUCCAUUUCAGAUUAGAGAGAAAACUUAUACUUAAACCGUUAAAGACAGAAGCAUAAGGAAUAACGUUGUGUAUAUUUUUAUGCGAACUUACUUAAGCGCUAAGUUGUAAUGCAAUAUUUGUCUUUCAAUGUUUCAUUUUGUAAAGUAAAAUCUUGGAACUCGCAAAACUAAAUAAUUAAAUUCGCUAAGUUACCUGAUUUACAAAAUUUACAAUAUAUUAUUAGUAUUACUCAUUAAUAUUAGUAAGUCAGUAGUAUUUAGUAACUCGGUAGGCCUAUUAUAUUACAAGCACCGGAGUGGAAGAUGUGGACAGUUCAGCACUGUAGUCUGUAGUGCUACUGCUAAUGACAGUGAUGGGUUAACGUUAGGCUUUCUUACAAUGUCUGCUUAAAGUUAAAAGUAAAACUUAAAAUUAAAUAUAAUUUGUAAUACAAUUACGAGGUACGACUACUCAGAGUACUGGUAGUUUAGCCAAAGGUCAAAUACAUAGAGUAAGAGUAGAAUUUUAAAUUUAAGAGAAAAUGCCAGUUUCUCAUCAUAACCUUAGUCGUGAAAGCAGCAAAUCAAAUUUGAAUGUUAGUGGAAAUUCAAAUGUCAGUAAUACCAGUAGUAAUGCCAAUGGAAUAUCUGAGGGAAUGUCUUUGGGAAACACAUCAGCGGCACUUGUUUAUAAACUUUGCAGUCAUAUAACUGGACUGACUUCAGAUGCACUAACUCCCUCAUAUCAACUAGUUUUGAGAACUCUUAGUUGCACUUCCACUGCCGCUGUAGAAAGUGAUGAAUUUGAAGUUGGUGAAAAGAUCAAGAAAAGAUUGGUUAAAGAGAAAAGGGAGAAAGAUGCUCUGAACUUUGCAGAGUUGCAUCGGAAGUUGCAAGGAAGUGUAGUGCUGAAGAAUCGAUGGGCAGUCUUGUGUUUCCUCCUCAAUCUGAGUGGAUCAAAGAACAAAUACCAAAUAAAGAAUGGACCGUAUGGACUUGGUUUUACCAAAUUUGCAACAUUGACUCCAUUACAAAAUGUAGGUUUCUGUGAUGCCACAAGAAGUCAACAGUCAAGAACUGUUCCCUCAGCUAAAAAUUUGGCCAUAAUACCGGGUUCGGAGAAGAUAGAGUUUGCUUCUCUUCCAUCAGCUUAUCAACCUGCACGUUAUAGCAUAUCUGUUGACCGUGCAGACCAGGGUCGAAGUAACCUGUCAGAUAGUGGCAGUGGGAGCGUGUGUUCUCAUUCCAGUAGUAAUCGUGUUGCCCGCAUGGCAGCUUUAUUUUCUGGCAGGGAAAAGACAGAGGGAACACUUGUACCAGUGAUAACAAAAAAAGAUAAAAUAUCUGCCUCACAAAUUGUCAAACAAAGACCUAGAAGCUUCCCUGAUCUGAUUCUUCCUGUAAUACCUGAAGGUAUAUUGCUGAGAGAAGUACUCUUUGCUUUUCAAGGUAUUGAAGGAAAAUUUAUUAAAGUGCAACUUGGAAAAGAUAGAUUCCACAUUGAUAGUAAGGCUGGAGUGAGUGGACCAGCACAGCGUCAGCUUUUGAGACUCACAGAGCUAGGCUGGAUGUAUAACAAAGUACACAAGUUCUGUGAAAGUCAGAAUCUGGACAGAGCUUUAGGUCUGGUGGGACAGAGCUUUAUUGCUGCAUUGCAGGAGGAACUGAGUGAAUACUAUAGGUUGUUGGCAGUUCUAGAGUCACAGUUACAACAGAGUUUCAGCACUGAAGAACCAUAUACAAGUACUCGAUCAGGGUCUUUAACACUUCAUCAACUGGUGGUGUGGACGUUGGAUCCAUUUGUGAGAAUGAAGCAACUGGCUGCUCUUGUAGAUGCUUGCAGAGGCCAAAGGGGAGGAGCUCUAGCAUCAACUCUAUAUUCAUUUCUGCAUCAUGCUGAUCCUAGUAUUCGUGAACUAGUCAAGCAUAUAUUGUCAGUGGUUGUGCAACCUAUUUACAGAAUGUUAAGUCACUGGAUCUUUAGUGGAGAGCUGGAGGAUAUGUACCAUGAGUUUUUUGUGGCAGUAAAUUCGUCUGUACCCAACACAAGUCUUUGGCAUGAAAAAUACAGCCUGAGGAAGACAAUGGUGCCAUCCUUUCUUACUAUGAGUCAAGCUAGAAAGGUACUAUCCACAGGAAAAGCUAUCAACUUCCUCAGAAUGGUGUGCCAUGAUCACAGUUCAGUUCGACCUCGAGAUGAACAGAGCAAACAAAUUGAUACUGCAACAGUGGUGUCAUUGUUCAAUCAAGAUCAAGACAGUGAUUUCCAGAGACUUCUAGAGACCAUUUAUAAGGAAACUAGUCGCCAUGUUCUCAAGUCAUUGUUUACCAAAUACAAGUUUACUGAUCAUUUACUAGCCAUGAGAAGGUAUCUACUUCUUGGACAGGGAGACUUUAUUCGUCACUUGAUGGAUCUCUUAGAAGAGGAGCUGCCAAAAUCAGCUAACAUGCUCUAUCUCCACAACCUGUCUGGAAUACUUGAAAGUGCCAUCCGUGCCACAAAUGCUCAAUUUGAUAGUCCUGAUAUUCUUCAGCGAUUAGAUUUGAGGCUACUGGAGGCUUCUGUUGGAGAUACUGGAUGGGAUGUGUUUAGCUUAGACUAUCAUGUUGAUGGACCUAUAGGCACUGUUUUUACUCCCCAAUGUAUUAAUGCUUAUCUUCGUCUUUUUAACACUUUAUGGAGAUCAAAGCGAAUAGAGUACAUAUUGUCUGGAAUGUGGCAAACACAAAUGACAUACUCUCGUCUCAUGAGGACAUUGCCUGGUGUGGCUCCCAUCUUACAUCACUGUCAUUUUAUCCUCACUGAAAUGGUUCACUUUGUACAACAGAUGCAGUACUACAUUGCAUUUGAGGUUAUGGAAUGUUCUUGGGCUGAGCUACAACAAAAAGUCAUGUCUGCCGAAGACUUAGAUCAAGUAAUUGCUGCACAUGAAGAAUUCUUAGAUAGUAUCAUGACAAGGAGCUUACUGGAUGAAGAAUCUAAGGAUGUUUUGACUCAGCUGCGUGCCAUCUAUGAUUUAGUAAUCAGAUUUCAAAGUAUCCAAACUAAGUUCUGGUACCAAGCUCUUAGUGAAGUGGAUGCUAGAAAAACUCUAGAAUCUCAAAUUGGCUCAAAAACUGAAAAGGGAAAUUGGGGUGUAACAGAAGCUGAAGUUCAAGUAGAAAGGCAGCAUCAAGUAGAAUUUGAAAAGAAAAUUGUCCCAGCAACUAAAGCACAACUUCGUGUUUUAGCAAAUUCGUAUCAGGUGACAGGCUCAUUAAGAAGAUCAAGAGAAACUAACGACAAAAUGUCUUCUUCAAGUUUUGUUCUAGUAAAAGAUAAUGUCCUCCUUGAUGAACGAACAGUAGCACCGCCGCCUAGCAGAGACUUUUAUCAAUUAUUGAUAACAACGGAUAAAGUAGUGUUGAGACAUUGGCUGAUUUCUCAUUCUCGCCGAAAUUCGAUUCCUGUUGAAAUAAAAAAUAACCACGAAGACUAUUUGCGCGAUGAUCAAGUUCAAGAUGGGAAAUUGCCUCCAGAGAUGGAAAAAGAAAAGGGAUUGAUGGAAAUAACGGAAGUGCAUAAAGCUGCAGCAAGUGAAAG